AACAAGAAAUUUCGGCUUUUGGAAAAGUCGAGGCAUUCCUGAAGUUCCUCCCAUGAUUUUUACUGGAUCAGUCGGUUUAGACUUCAAAACCAAUCAAGGAGUAUUGGAGCAACAAUGGUACAACAAAUAUGGAAAAGUAGUUGGUAUAUAUGAAGGAUCAAAUCCAGCUCUAAUAGUAGGCGAACCAGAAUUGAUAAAGAAUAUUCUUGUCAAAGAUUUCUAUGCUUUUUCUGAGCAAAGACAAAUACGUUUUGGUGAUCCAAUUUUGGACAGAGUUUUUGUGCUCCAAAGUUAUCAAAGAUGGAAAGAACUAAGAAAUAUCAUUUCUCCUGCUUUUACAUCUGGAAAAUUGAGAAUGAUGGUCAAGGAUAGUAAUUAUUGCGCUCGAGGACUGCUAGAAAAUUUUAUACAAAUUGCUAGAGAAAAUAGAGAAGUUGUAGUUAAUGAUUAUUUUACUGCUUUUCUUAUGGACGUAAUUGCUAAGUGUGCUUUUGGAGUAAAGCUCGAUUCCAGAAAAGAUCCAAAUAAUUUAUUUGUAGCCGCGAUUCAAGAAUUAAUUGGUCCUAUUCCUUGGAGAUUCAUAAUAGCAGGCUAUUUUCCUGGUUUUGCAAAACUUAUCCGUAUGUCUCUUUUCAACCCACAAACAAUUACAUAUUUUAGAAACGUUGUUUUACAAGUGAUAAAAGAGAGAGAAAAUUUAAAAGAUGAAGAGAAACCCAUGGAUUUUCUGCAAUUGAUGAUGGAUUUCAAAAACAAUCAAGAUCGCAAAAAUGAGAAAAAAAUAUUGGACUUAGACGAUGUUAUUGCCCAAUGUGUUCUAUUUGUUAUUGCUGGAUUCACUGCCAUGACCGGAACUCUUACAUAUGCUGCUUAUCAAUUAGCUGUUAGUCCAGAAAUUCAAGAAAAACUUAUCGAUGAAAUUGACCAAACAGUAAAAGAUAAUGAAGAAUUAAACUAUGAUAAUAUUUCCAAUAUGAAAUAUUUAGAUGCUUUCUUGGAAGAAGUUAUCAGAUGUCAUACAGUAUCAAUAAGAUUAGAAAGGACAACAGUACAAGACUAUAAGCUAGGCGAUACCGGACUCGUCAUACCAAAAGGCACACUAGUUGCAGUACCUGUCCAUGCCAUACAUCAUGAUCCAAAUUAUUUCCCGGACCCUGAAAAAUUUGAUCCAGAUAGAUUUCUAGCGGAACAGAGAAAGAAUAUUAUUCCAUACACAAGUAUGCCAUUUGGCAUCGGACCGAGGAAUUGCUUAGGAAUGAAAUUUGCUCAAACGCAGAUAAAAAUAGCUCUGGCUAUGGUUUUGCAACGUAUUAAAUUCAAACGUGGAACUAAGACAAAGGACAAAAUAGAACUCCAUAUUGCAAGAACAUUUAAUAGACCGAAGGAUACCUAUCUCAAGAUGGAAGAAAGAAAAUGAAAAAUCAUUUAGUCCAUAGUAAUAAGCUCGAUAAAUUAAUUUCUUAAAUAAUUAAAAAAUAAAGAAUUUUAAUUCUUUAAAAUUUAAAAUGACUUUUUUUUUCGUUUUCGUAUCUUUCCACCCUGUGACGGCUUUUUUUCCAUACCAAUUGAGGGCCGGAUGAUAAUCCGCUUUCAAUAAGACGGCCGGAUAAUAAUCCGGCCGUCCUAUUGAGGGCAAAACUGCAAUUGGUAUGGAAAAAAAGCCGUCACAGGUGGACCGACAUAGAUGAUUUCUGGACAGAUCGCCCUUAAAAAUUUCUUGGAGAAGGUGUCGCCCGGAUUCUAUCUCGGGUUCUAGAGCGGUAGGCUGAUGCCUUGACGCCUCGGCCAUCAGUCGUGACAAUUAAAACGGCCAUCGUUUUAAUGAUUGAAAUAUAACAAUUACAAGUUUGUGAAUUGUUUAUUGAUAAGAAUGUAGA